UCCCAGAAUGCAUCUGGCGCUCUAGCCUGUCAGAUUGCCAAGUUGUCGGUGCCUUGUUGAGUUGGUCUUUUCUAAAAAUUGCUUUCGCCGGUGAGAACACUACCAGGGCUUAGCGUAUUUAGCCGAAGGACCCUCACGUCUUCAAACGUUAAAAGAAUAUCACCACAAUGGCGCGGGAACCUGGCAAUUUCUCAGAUGACCAGAUUGAAGAAUACAAGGAGAUCUUCACUCUGUUUGACAAAGUCGGAGACCACAAAAUCCCCAGCACCGACGUCGGAAAUGUCUGCCGGUGCAUUGGCUUCAAUCCAACACUUGCAGAGAUCAAGAAGUUGAUAGGCAAAGCUGAUGAAUAUGACCGCUUCACAUUUGAGGAGUUUCUGCCCAUGUUGAUAGCCGUUGCGAAAAGUAAAGACCAGGGAGUGUUUGAGGAUUAUCUGGAGGGUCUCAAGGUGUUUGACAAGGAGGCUAACGGACUGAUCUCGGCUGCAGAGAUGCGCCACGUUCUCACAGCACUCGGUGAGAAGCUGACUGAUGAUGAAAUGGACAUCUUGAUGGCUGGCCAUGAGAAUGAGAAGGGAAUGAUUAACUAUGAAGAAUGGAUUAAGAGCAUUAUGGUAACCCUGGAGGGCUAGUAACAAGUCUACUCUCCACUCCCCUACCUGUCUGUUGGAUUUUUAAUGAGUGUCUCGAAAGAUGUCUUCCAAAACCAAACAAGUCAAGUAACUGCUGAUUGAAAUUAAUUUGGUCUUGGUUUAAUCUUGUAAAUAAAACUCAUAUUGAAAAAAAAAAAACACUUGAAAGCAGUUUCGGCAGCAGAAAGCGGAAUCUUGUUCAAUUAUUUAAUGCAGUGUUACUCAAGCCACGCCCACACGACCUCUGCUUAAUUUGCAUACAGGUCGUAUGCAAAUGUUUUGCUUGUCAAUAGAAAACAAUUGGACUGAAUGGUUAAAAUUCCAUAUUGAUCAAGGAAGUCUUACCAAAAACUGCAAUGCAUUUAGACAUUUAGCGCCAAAGGUUUUUGUACUUGAAACUUAUAUAUGUGGGCUCGAAUUCAGUCCAAAACUGUCCCAUGGACGUGUACGAUAUGGCAGUGCUGAAAAUUCAACACAGAAUUUCAACGGUGUUGAUUCACAUACCGAGUUUGAAGCAUGAAACUUUGGAGUUUAAUACCCAUCGGCAAUAAGCAAAUUAGAAUUUAAAUACACCACUGCUGAUCAUUUUAUUGCCCGGUACAGAUUACAGAAAGUUAAUAUGACAUGUGCAUUAAUACACCUCUAAUUUGCAAGAUUAAAUAUGGAUAUGUAGUUACCGACAUUCAAAUCUUAUCUUUGAAGAAGAAAAACAGAACUAUAUGGCACAGAAUGGGUCAAAACUGUAUCAUAAGUUAUGAAAAUUCCAACAACAUUUUCUCCAUUAAAGACUAAACAGUUGAUUAGUAGCGAUUGGGUCACCUUGUGUAUAGCAGAUGUUUAAUUUUCACCUAUUACACUCCUUUUCAUGUGAAUAUAGAACUAUGUUUUAAAAAAAAAUUCUGGUUAGAUAAUUAUUUGAAAUAGUUUAAAGGCUAGAUUGUGCAAUGGUAGCUACUGUAGUAAAUUAUAUUUAUUUAUCUUUCGCUAUCUCAAACUUGGGUAGCCUGUGUGUUCCAUACUGUUGUCUUUUAUUUAUAAAAUAAAUGAGUGAUAAAAUUUAAUAUGUGACUUACCUAGGUCUUCAACUAUGAACACAGAUAUCAGUGUUUUAUUGCCAUCUGUAAUUCAUUCUCAAAACUAGCUAAUGUGCUUUUCUGUACAGCAACUUACUAUGCAGAAGUGCUCAAAAUGGAAUACUCAAAAAUUGUCUCAUUUCAUUAAAAUAAAAAUCAAUCUGUUAUUUUGACA